AUGGUUCAUUUUGAGGCUCUAUACGGAAGAAAAUAUCAGACACCAUUGAACUGGUUUGAGUUAAAAGAUCGAGACAUAAUUGGCCCAAAUUUGAUCAAAGAAGUACAAGACAAAGUGAAAGUAAUACAAAAUAAUCUCAAGAUAGUUGUUGACAUACAGAAAUUGUAUGAUGAUUUGAAAAGGAAAGAGAGUGAAUAUCAAGAGGGCGAUAAAGUAUUUCUUAAAGUUUCACCCUGGAAAAAGGUUCUGAGGUUCAGGCACAAAGAAAAGUUGAGUCUGAGAUUCAUUUUCCCGUAUGAUAUUAUCAAAAAAGUUGGACCAAUAGCUUAUCAGUUAACAUUACAUCCAGAAAUGGACAAAAUUCAUAAUGUGUUUCAUGUCUCAAUGCUUCGGAAGUAUCGAUUAAAUCCUUCGCAUGUGAUUACACCAGAGGAAAUUGAGAUUCAGCCGGAUCUAAUGUACGAGGAGGAACCUAUAAGGAUUUUAGCUCAUGGAGUUAAAGAACUGAGAAAUAAGACAAUUCAACUAGUAAAAGUUCUUUGGCGAAAUCAUAAAGUUGAGAAAGCGACUUGA